UUCAAAAGGUCAAGGUCAUUGCCUUUCCCUGAAAAUUGCGGAAACUUUAAAAUCUAACUGAAUGCACACGUUUGCACUUUGUAACACAAUCAGACUUUCAAUAAUAAGCGUAAUGAAAUGCAACGGAGUAAACCUGUAUUAAAGUUUGGAUCACUGGGACGAGCUUUUCAUGUCAGUGUUAACUGCAAUCUUCUUUCAAAGGACAUGACGGACUGAUUCAUUCAACAUCACGAAACAACUCCUAUACCAAACACUGAAACAGAGACCAGAAUCGAUCACAAUGGGUGUGCAUAAUCUUUGGAAGAUUCUUGACCCGGUUAAAGAAUCAGUCAAGCUGGAAUCACUGAGGGGACAGACACUCGCAGUUGAUCUGAGUGUCUGGAUCUGUGAUGCUCAGGGUGUCAAGCAGAUGCAGGGAGUGGUCGCCAAACCACAUUUGAGGAACUUAUUUUUCCGUGUGUCACAUCUACUGCAGCUCGGCAUCAGUCUGGUCUUCGUCGUGGAUGGUGAAGCACCAGAACUCAAGUGGGAGGCGAUGAUGAUAAGGCAACAGGCAAGAUUUGGGCACGCUGGUGUGAGGACAGGUGGAAAGCCAGCCAAGAGGCCUGGUCGGUCACACUUCAGACGACUUAUCAAUGAGUGCUGCCAGAUGUUGGACUAUCUUGGUGUCUCGUACGUCCAGAGUGUUGGUGAGGCUGAGGCAUUCUGUGCUCUCCUCAAUAAAUCAGGGUUUGCAGAUGGCGUGAUAACACAGGAUGGAGACGCAUUCUUGUACGGCGCAACCAGAGUAUAUAAGAAUUUCAGCAUCAGUGGAAAGGAUGCACAGAUUGAGAGUUAUAGCAUCGAACAUGUGAAUGCCAAACUGCACUUGAAUAGAGACAAGUUGAUUGCCCUUGGUUUGUUGCUUGGUUGUGACUAUGUCCCUAAGGGUGUGCCAGGCAUCGGCAAGGAGACGGCCAUGAAGUUUAUGAUGGCAUACAGAGAGACAACAAGUGUGCUGGAAAGGUUCAGGGAAUGGAAGGCACAUCCAUCCAGAGUCGAUUCCUCCAUAGAGGGGAAGUUGAAAAGCAAGGCUCUCGUUGUGAAAGAGUUCCCGUUUGAGAAAGUGAUUGAUGAGUUCAUGGUCGUCAAGGAUACAUGUCCUAGAAAGGCACUGACGUGGAACAAGCCUCAGAUUGACAAAUUAUACGAAUUCAAUGAAAAAAUGGAAUGGUCGCGAGCGUACACGAACGAGAAGAUCAUUCCUCUCCUCACCCUGUACGACAUGAGAUCAAGACGCAAGAAUCACAGUCAUCUUUCUGAACCUAAACCAGAGCGUAUCGUGAAAGCAAGAGUGAGGCAGUUUGUUCCAUGUUUUGAGAUUUGGUGGGAGAGGCUAGAGUGUGACACGGAUCCUGAGAACACUGCUGAAUUCUACACAACAUUUGAGGAAAAAGACAUAUUCACCAAAUGCUAUCCCGAGCUGGUUUCAGCAUUUGAAGAGGAGGCCAACAAGAAAAAUGUCGGGGGCGAGAAGACGAAACGGACUGCAAAGAAAAAGACUGUUGCAGUAAAUCUGGGCUCUGAGUUGUAUGAGGUGAUGGUACAUCCCGUAGACAGUCUGAAACUUUCCGACCUGACUCUUGAAGAUUCUGCCAAUGGCUGCCCAGAGCCAAAAUAUUCAGCAGCUACGGCUCCCGGAAAACUGCCAGAUAGCAACGUUCUGUACUCGAAUGAAGAUUCGAGGUGUGUUUCUAGAACUAGCAGAGCUAAUCUAGCCAUUCCGUGGAGCAGGGAGACACUAGGUUUGUCAAACACAUGUACUUUGAAAGGACAGCCACAGGACAAGCUUCAGAUUGGCUCUUGUGGAGGUAUCGAUAUACCAUAUUCAACUGAGAACUCUAGGACUAGCAGCAAUGAUAUUGGUCCUCCUGUAGGCCGCAACAUGUUUGGUUCAUCAAGUACAUGGUCUUUGAACAAAAAAGUCCCACAACAGAAAAUGCUUGAGAUGGUUUCUAGGGAGAGUUGUUGUGAUCUUCUUGCAGUUCCGGGCAGCGUCGGCCCCACAGAUAGAAGGAUGGAUGCUGAUGAUCGUGAUGAACCUGCUGACCUUGUGACCCGUCUUCUGAGGCUUCGUCUUCAGUCAUCAGAAUCGCCACCAAUGGAGAAAAAUAAAACCAAGACCAAAGGCACCGCAGAUGACAACAUCUUCGAAAAAUCCUGUGAUAAGAAAAGCUGCAUGCGACAAAGCCCCCAUGGACAAGAUUCACCUAUCUUUUGCGCGGGGAAGAAUCAAACUUUGGGAAUCACUUUCCAAAGUUUUAAUGAUUCAUCGCUGAUCAGGGAGAGUGAUAAGUUUCAGGGGGAUCUUCCAGCAUCCAGUACAGGUGAAAGUUACAUUUUCACAAGUCCCUCUCCCGUUGAUGGGGAAAGGAUUCUGGAUGGAGCUGACCAAAGUCACACCAGUUUUCAAAGUCUGAAUGAUUCUGUCCUGUUGAAAGAAAGCAAUAGACUUUAUCUUGAUCAGCCAGAGUUAUAUCAGACGGUUGAUCAGUGUUUUGGGGAUUCUUCAAUGCUGUCGGAAUCUCAGGUAUAUGGGUAUACUGGAGGUGCCAGAGUUGGGGCUGAUUGCUCACUUGAUUGGGCCAAAAAGCAAUUUGAAAAUGGCAGAAGCUCACGUCCCGAGGAAUCUCAGUUGAAUGGAGUUGUAGGAAGCAGCAGACUUGAUGUGGAGUCUUCAGAAGAUAGGGACACCCAGUUGUAUGAGGAGCCCAGUGGUGAGGCUUUAGAAGAUAAGGACACCCAGUUGUAUGGGGAGCCCAGUGGUAAGGCUUUAGAAGAUAAGGACACCCAGUUGUAUGGGGAGCCCAGUGGUGAGGCUUUAGAAGAUAAGGACACCCAGUUGUAUGAGGAGCCCAGUGGUGAGGCUUUAGAAGAUAAGGACACCCAGUUGUAUGAGGAGCCCAGUGGUGAGGCUUUAGAAGAUAAGGACACCCAGUUGUAUGAAGAGCCCAGUGGUGAGGCUUUAGAAGAUAAGGACACUCAGUUGUAUGAGGAGCCCAGUGGUGAGGCUUUAGAAGAUAAGGACUCUCAGUUGUAUGAGGAGCCCAGUGGUGAGGCUUUAGAAGAUAAGGACAUGCUUGUGGGCCUACCUCAUACGGAAAGAACUGGAUCAAGAUAUUUGUGGAGUAACUUUGGACGGAGAACUGAUGAAGAGAAACAAGAACCAGGAGAAUCUGAAUAUCGAAUUGAUCCCAUCGGCAUAAAGAAUGAACCUGGCGAAAAUGCCUCGGACUUCUAUAAAUUCCACUUGCAGGUGGUCGAAAAUGAAUUGGGAUAUGUCAGGAACGACUCUCUUAGAGUUGGUGCUGUUGUCAAGCAGGAACCACUCCCUCCUAAAUCUGUGAACGACCCUGAUUCAAGUCACCAUGAAAAUACCUUUGAUCGAUGUGGUAAGUUUGGAGAAAGUAUUCCGGUGACGUCGCAUGAUGAUUCAGGACAUGUCGUCAUCAAACAGGAGGUCAUUUCACGGAAGCGCAUUUCAAAUGCCCGUGAAGUUGGGACAUUUCGGAGUGAUUCAAUGGGCGCUGCUCUCAAACAACAGAACAUUUCACCGAAACAUUGUUCCAGUAGUACAACUUCCCAGGAGAUGACAUCUCGAACUUAUUCGGAAAGCCGUGUUGUUAAACAGGAGGCUGUUUCACCAAAAUGUUGUUCAAGUUCCAGUUCAGUGGAGCUAAAAUCUCCAGCAAACUCCGGAUCCAUUGUGGUUAAACUGGAGGUCACUUCACCGAAUCAUUACUCUGGUGGUUCUUCACUGUCGCUGACAUUGGGGGCUCAUUCAGCACCCCUUGUUGUGAAACAAGAAGUCACUUCACUGAACCGUCAUUCCAGUACACCAGACCGUGCGAUAACCAUCAAGACUAAGAAACAAGAUGAGUUAUUGAGUUCGUGUAAGGUAACACCAGUUCAUGACGACUUGUAUCAUAACAUUGUUGUGAAACAGGAAAUAAACUGCCCACCAGAUAGUGUUCAGCCAUUCAACAAUCUUGAUUUGUUGGGAAAAGUGAAUCAGUUGACAACUGGAGCAUCUGACUUGAAUGAGGAAAUGAAAUCUUCCAGUUUACUGUCAAAUUCUGUCCGUUUUACAAGUGAAACUGUACCAGCAGACUCAGAGCCGGUGGAAUUUCAGCCAGGAUUUCACAAAACUGCUGCCAGUUCGAAUUCAGAAGGAGUAAGACAAGUCAAAAUGGGACAGUUGAAUGCUGAUUCUUCACAAGAAAUGUUAAGUGUUAGCGAUAUAUUCAGAAGUGACUGUGUCAGUAAAUACUGCUCGUCUGAUAAUAUUUGCGAGAGUUUGGCUGAGGUAAGACAUUUUAACAUCGGUGAUACGAAAAACCUUUUGAGAAAAUCACUGCUAGUUAGUCGUCUGUUUAACUCUGAGGUACCUUUUGAUUCGCUCGCGUCUGGGAUUACGGAGGGCAGUGUCAUUUGCGGUGGAGAGGAAAAUCGAACAGUUGAGAAUCUGGAAACACCUCAUUUAAAAACCAACUCCAUGUCGGCAAACGACAGUGUCCCUUGCUGCACGGAGAUCUAUCAUACUAUGGAGGAGCCAUCAGAUCAGUUGGAAAGAGAUUCUGUCCGACCAGUUCAUCAUCAACGCCAUAGCGACGGUCGUGUUGAUGCCGAGACCAGCCGAGAUCUGGAGCCGGUGUUACUGUUCGAUGAUACGGUUGUCAGCUGUGCACCUGGGUGUGAGGAUGUGAUUGGAUGUGACGAGGACGUAGGCAUGGAGAUGCAUCUAGCUGAGGCUGACGAGAACGGGGCCUUGGCUAGCACCUCUAGAGAUCCUGAUGUCGGAGUGAGGACCAGACAAGGCAGGUCAAAGAAAGCCAAGCCAGGCAAGAAGAAGAAACCAAAAAAGAGGAAAAUGAAAGGCAGUGAUGACCACGAUAUGAGUUCAAUCCUUCGUCAACUUGCGACCUCAGAAUCAUGCCCAAGUAGCCCAGCGAUCUUGAGUUUACAAUCAGAGAAUGAUCUGUUGGAACUUCUUAAGUCUGUUGCAACUCCAGAGUCGGCCAGCGUUCCACAGCGAUUGCGAAGUACAAUGCCUACUGACAGCCAAUUGGAUGACCUGUUGAACCAAAUCGGGGUGCCGAUGAGUCCUGCUGUUGACCACGCUGCUGCAGACGUUCAACAUGAUGCAUCUCCCGUUGAGUUAGCUCAGGAACUGCUUGAGUCUCCCUGUAGAGCUCAUGGAACAUUGGGUGCAAAGUCGCAUGAGAACAGCCCAUUGUCGGCCGGCUCAGGUGGACGGAUACUCUCGGACAUGUUGAAUGUUGGGGCAACUCCUACGUUGUGUAUGACUGGUGCUGAUGGUAGUCUGCUGAGUGAUGAGCUCAAGGAACUGCUGAAGGAUAUCAGCACGCCUGUUCUGAGUGGAAGAGAAAAAGAAAAUCAUCCCCUUGGAUCUGGUGUGAUGGUGCGGACACCUCAUGGUGAUAUGGAUGCCAGUCUAUUGAUUAAUCUCAUCUCUGCCUGGCCGAGCGGGAAGAAACAACAUCGAAUAAAGAAAGGGAAAAGGAAAACAAGGAGGAAGAAAAUGGUCCCGCUUGCACCGCUGGCUCUGACUGGAGAUGAGGAUGCAGGGACUUGGUGAUAACGGGGUUGACACUUGCAGGACUGACCCUAAUGGAAGUGGAAUGAGGAUGCAGGGACUUAGUGAUAACGGGUUUGACACUUGCAGGACUGACCCUAAUGGAGGUGGAAUGAGGAUGCAGGGACUUAGUGAUAACGGGGUUGACACUUGCAGGACUGACCCUAAUGGAGGUGGAAUGAGUUUGCAGGGACUUAGUGAUACAGGGGUGACACUUGCAGGACUGACCCUAAUGGAGGUGGAUUGAGGAUGCAGGGACUUAGUGAUAACAGGGGUGAGACUUGCAGGACUGACCCUAAUGGAGGUGGAAUGAGGAUGCAGGGACUUAGUGAUAACAGGGGUGAGACUUGCAGGACUGACCCUAAUGGAGGUGGAAUGAGGAUGCAGGGACUUAGUGAUACAGGGGUGAGACUUGCAGGACUGACCCUAAUGGAGGUGGAAUGAGGAUGCAGGGACUUAGUGAUACAGGGGUGAGACUUGCAGGACUGACCCUAAUGGAGGUGGAAUGAGGAUGCAGGGACUUAGUGAUACAGGGGUGAGACUUGCAGGACUGACCCUAAUGGAGGUGGAAUGAGGAUGCAGGGACUUAGUGAUACAGGGGUGAGACUUGCAGGACUGACCCUAAUGGAGGUGGAAUGAGGAUGCAGGGACUUAGUGAUACAGGGGUGAGACUUGCAGGACUGACCCUAAUGGAGGUGGAAUGAGGAUGCAGGGACUUAGUGAUACAGGGGUGACACUUGCAGGACUAACUCUAAAUGGUUAUAAGGACAACGUGAAUUGGUUAUGAUGUGUUUGGAAAGCUGAAAUUUGAAAUCAGUAUCGUACAUGUACCAAGUCUUUUGUAGCAUGUUACUAUUUGACAUCAAAUGAACUUCACCGAGCUGUUACAUUUUAUCCCAAACAUUGGGAGUUCAUAUUUGAUACAUGUAGAAGUUUCAAAAAUAGUUGAAAAUCAUGUAGAAUUAGAUAUAUCCAAAUUUUACACUUUUACACCAUUUUACACCUCGCAGAUGAUUGUGAAUUUUGAGCUAGCAUGGCUUGGUGAUGAGCAGGUCCGAAUUUAUGAAUAUGGUUGUUUCAUAGUUACUGGGUGGUAUUUUCCAUGGAGGGGAUUAUGUGUUGUUCCACACUCCAUGCAUCUUUUUACAUGCCUUU